AGCGACGGAGUGGUGUGGGUACCUCUCCUGUCAGGCUCCAGGGUACCGUUUGUUUUGGAACCCGAGUCUGUUGAAGAUUUUUUAAACCUUCAUUGGUCAUCACAAGCAUACACCGGUAGCUGCCGUCAACAAAAGUUGGUGAAAUAUACAGAGCUUUCCUUAACCUGGGGAGUCAGGACGAGUAGUGUGGGUGACGUUGAUCCUGGGUCCUGUUACUAUACUGCUAGACGAGGAAUACCUGGGUCCAUUGUCUACCAGAGAUGACUAACUUGACGUCGAUCCUGUCUCUGCUUCUGCUGGUGGUCAGGACGGUGGAGCCAGCACAGAGCCAACUUCUUCGUGUCCUUGAGUUACCACCGAGCCCUCAAUGGAGCUACGAUGAUGUCAAGUCGUGGAGCAAGGUGGCGCCACAGUGUUUAGGAAGCAAGCAGUCCCCCGUCGACUUCACCAAGGUCAAGGAGUUCACACCAGCUCCUUUUGUCUUCACUAAUUACGGCCUGAUCGACACGAUGCUGGAGAACAACGGCCACUCACUGAACGUGAAGUUGUUUCCUGACCCGAGCAACAGACCAGCGGUGUCUGGGGGAGGGCUGCCGGGGACUUACCUGCUUGAUGCAUUCCACUUCCACUGGGGAACAACGCGUGACAAGGGUUCAGAACAUCUGCUGCAUGGAUGCUCCUUUUCUGGGGAGAUGCACUUUGUUCACGUUAAGGAGGAGUAUGGGACUGUACAGGAAGCUCUCAAGCAUCCAGAUGGGUUGGCAGUGAUCGGGGUCUGGCUGGAAGAGUCCCGCUUUGAACCUGAAGUGUCCUCGUUCUCUCAGGACCUGAUUUCACAAGGUGACUGCUACUUCCGACCGGUGGGGCAUGGAACGAACCCCAGAUGUAAUUACACCCCACAAGACCACCAAACUGCCACCCAGCACUGGUUCACGUAUCUUGCACGUAUGACAACCCUACCUGAUGACACCGUGACACCCAUCAACCUCCGCCAACUACUGCCAUUCGACCCAUCCAUCUUCUACAGGUACAAUGGGUCGCUGACCACACCACCCUGCACAGAGAACGUCAUGUGGACGGUGUUCAGGCGACCCUUGCUGGUGUCUCCCUUCUUCUUCAGCUCCCUUAGACAACUGCCAGCCAAGAACCACAACAAAGAGAAACUUGGGCAUCCCACCAACACCAUCGGAGCUGAGUAUCACAUGGUGGACUACGAGGACCACCUGCUUUCUGGACAUAAGUACAUCACCAACAACUUCCGUCCUGUACAGCCCUUGGGAGAUAGGGAAGUUUUGUUCAGUUACGGCCAGAAGGAAGGAAACAAAAUCGUAUGUGUGUAGUGAGACUUCAUGUGGCUAGACAGAAUUCUCAACCUGGUGGAGGUGGCCUGGGAGUGCGUUGGGCUCAAGAGAUAAGCUUCGUGAUGAAGUUGACAGACUCAAGAUCAGGGCCAGGUAUUGUCUACUCCCAGAGGUUGACAAUUGCUGUUUUUUGGUAAUUUUUGUAUAGAUAUUUCAGCAGGUUUUCUUACGGUUUUUAUUGCAAGUUCUCACUUAGAUACUGCAUAGUCACACACACACACACACACACACACACACACACACACACAGGUCCUAUUCGUAGAGAUGCCUUGCACACACACACACACACACACACACACAGUCAAGUACACUCCUCUGUCAUACAUGUACACCUAGAGACGGUACAGUUUGUUAUUUAUUGAUGGUAAAAUAUUUAUGGUAGACAGUAGACAGGUUAAGAUGAGGUUGUGACAGAGGCAUCAGGAUCACACUCGCAGAUUUAACACAUACAACAUACUAAGAGACAGUCUGUGUGUAUCAGUGUUAACAUUAACUCUCAAGCUGACUGUAUCCUUGUUAUUAAAAUUUAAGCUUAUGUAUUAAAAGGAAAGGGAAGAGGUUUGUGACCGCCACCCGAGUCGACAUCACAUUUGAGAGUUAUGUGGCACCAAACCGUUUUUUUUACAUGGUAGAAUGUGACUAGUGACUGAGCCUUAUACAAAUACAGUAACUUGUAUUCCUGUAUUCCCAGCCUUGUUAAGAAAGGGGGAAGGAGGAGAGGAGGAGUUAAAUUUGACUGAUAUUACAAAUUUAAGACAUUUGCUGUAACCCAGAUUAUGAAUACAAAGUGAGAAUAAAAUUUGAAGUUUC